UGUCGAACUCUUAGUAGAGACUGACUGAUCUCUCUCCAACGAGUGGUUUGCGCGAAUAUACAAAAGUCCACAAGUUGACUAGUUACGUUUCAGUUGAUAGUGUAUGAUAAGGGCGAUAUGACAACCAAGUCAGAUUAUCAGCGAACAUACGUUGCAUAUGGAGAAGAUCCAAGACAGCAGUAUAGCCCCGCCUCGCAAAAUGAAGGGGCGGAACCGUCUCCCCACUCCAGAGCAGCCACUCCCCUGGAAUGCCUUAGUUAUGAAGUUGACCAACAAGACAAUUAUCCAACGCUAGUCAGAUCGGACGGGAGGUAUAUGCCUUUCACCUUAGAGGUUCCACUAGAAGAGGCUAAUGGCACCGAGUACUUACAACUGGGACCUACAGCAAUUGCGAACGGUUCCCCAACACAAGGAAGCGGUGGCAGUCCUAGUCCUGGCUCUCCAAGAGUUUACAGUCUUUCCGCCAUACAUUCGGGAGAUGAGCAUCAGUCCACCAUUGAAGGAUCUCAGCUAACUCAACUCACAAGCCAUAUCAGCUACACUGGCGUUGGCAUAAGUUCUCCAAAUUCUGCAAACAUAUCUAGUCCGUUGUAUUCGAGGGGUUCGGGUACGUACACCACGGGUACAAUGCCCUAUUAUAAUAGCUCCCCAGAACUGACUACACAACAAUCACAAUUGUGGACAAAUUCCGGUGUUAACACAACAGGAUCUUUGUCCUUAGCAGAAGACUAUCCUAAAGUAACCUCCUCAUCCACAUCGUUACCUGGUUUCAGUAGGUUGCCAACUACUUUUACAAACAACCACAAUCAUCACCGAAGCACCACAUAUCUACCCAAUGCCAUCUAUGGCGAAUGGCCGUCAUACGCGACUGACCAGUAUGGACUCAACUCUUCAGCACAGAGGAGUCGACCGAUCUCAGCAGCAGCUUCGUUGUCAGCAAUUGAUCCACGCACAGCGGAAUUCUUCACGGAAGGUAGAGAAUGUGUCAAUUGCGGCGCAAUUGAUACUCCUUUGUGGCGCAGAGACGGCACAGGCCACUAUCUUUGCAAUGCGUGUGGCCUAUACCACAAGAUGAAUGGCAUGAACCGGCCUCUUGUGAAGCAGCCUCGUAGAUUGUCCGCUUCUCGCCGAGCUGGCUUGACCUGCACCAACUGCCAUACAAGUACUACAUCACUUUGGAGAAGAAACGCAUUAGGGGAACCAGUUUGUAAUGCUUGUGGACUCUACUACAAAUUGCACUCAGUCAAUAGACCUCUAUCGAUGAAAAAGGAUAGUAUACAGACCCGUAAACGGAAACCGAAAGGAAGUAAAGAAACUAAUGCUAGUAGCACGCACAUGGCAAGAAACCUCAGCACAGCACUACCAGGCAUCAAAAUGGAAGACGUUGGAGUUAAAAUUGAACAUACAACAUUAGAUAACUAUGGUGAUCUAAGAACAGUAUCAUCGCUAAACCAACUUCAACAUUCAACUUCUAGCUACGCGUAUACCCCUCAGGCCCACCAAAGAUUGAGCCCUUCAUACACCGCUCAGUCCUCUCCACAAUUAUCUUCACAAUCACAUUACUAUGACACCAUUCUUCAACAACCAAGUCCCAGUCCUCCAUCGGAUGAGUCAAAUAGCUCUAUUAACAACAAUAAUAUAAGUAACAACAACAAUACCAAAGUUAUUAUUAACGGAGACCACUGUGACAGACCCACGGUAGUGUCGCUCUCAUCAUAAACUUGUAAAUACUUUAGUUAGAUAGAUAUUGUAUCUAGUAUAUUGAAAAUUUGACUGUUGCGGUUCCUUAACUUUAUUGUAUGUAUUAUUGUGUUCGUGUAGCAGCAGGUCCUGUUUAGAAAUAAUAUUGAACGAUUUAAAAACAACAGGUGCCUAAGUUGAUCUGUUGGCAUCUGUCAGAAGACCUGGAUUCGAUUACCUGGACGAAAUAAGUUUUUUCAUUACAAUAUUUUCACCUCGGGGCUUAACUAUCAGGGCUCCUUUGAACAUUGACUUGAAUUCCGGGACACAUUUGAAUCUCUUACUGACCAAGAUCUGAAUUUUGACAUUGAAAGAUGCGAAACAAGACCUUUUGAAUUUUGAAUACUCUAUUUGAUAUAUCAGGUCUAAUACUAAUAAUGUUAAGGAAUUAAAACAGUUUUUAACAUCAAAUGCGAAUGUUAAAAUUUAUUUAAGAUCUCGAAAGGUAGGUCUGAUUGGGAAACAAUACUUAGAUAAGCCGCUUUAUUAGAUCUGAUUAUUUUCUUUUUUAAAAGAGUUAUUUGUUUCGAAAUAUUUAUUUUCGACUAGUAUGUAAUGUAUCAGAAGUAGAAAUUAAUUGAAAUUUCUUGUAACACAUUUUAGUUGGACUAGCAAAAUUUAUCAAAGUACAAAAUGUUGCACAAUAUCUCUAACCGUAUCAGUUUAUUAUUUGCUUAAAAAGAAUUGGAUUACUCAAAAAAUAUUGAUACCGUAGAUUAUAAGAAAUUGUUAAUAUUUUGGGAGAAUAUGUUAGCACCUUAUUUGCUAAGGGUUACUAUUAGCUAUUGGUGUCUCCAAUAAUCAUUUAUUUUAGCGUUGUUGAGUGUAGAUCAAGAGUCUUUUGACCUUGAGACCCCAACCUCAAGUUGAGGUCCUGCUUACACAUGUACUUUCAUCAAAAGAAAAACGUUUUCCUUUUGGUUUCCUUUAAUCAUAAGGAAAAUCGUCAUUGAAGUUUUGCUGAGUAAUUUUUAUUUUCAUCUUCAUAUCUGAAGGAAUGGUUUGCAGGGAGUCUCUAAUACACUAUGUUGAGUCGUCCUUAGCUUCUACUCGAUCAUAAUGAUCUACCAAACAUAAGGAUACCUUUCACCACCAAGGUCUCACGAUUCUCGAAGGGGCAUGUUUCUUAUCCAAGUAUUCCUCCUAUCGACAGUCGUAUGUUGACCAUUUGUCUUUCCAUUGCUCUCGGUGUCCUCGCUGUUCUCUGUUCUAUCCAAAUUAGCUCUUGUGAAUGUCUAUGUAUGACAUCCGUAUGUAAGGGAAGAAUGCACUGGUUGAACAGUUCUUGAAAACUCAGGAUACUUUUUUAUUUUUCAAAAUAGAGCUUAAGUUUACCAAAUGAAGCUUAUGCCAAUCUCAUUCGUCUUUUUACUUCUAUAAUUUGGUUAUCUUUAUUUGAUUUUAUUAUCUAUUAUUAUAAGGACUAUAUCAUCUGAAUAUCUUAGGUGGUUUAAGUACCUAUUCUCCAUUAAUGUUUAUUCCAUAUUCGUCCCAUUGUAGUUUCUUCCCAUGCUUGGUUAAUGAGUUUUGGCGAAACUGUAUCUCCUUGUCUAACAUUUCUUUGCAUAAAUAUGUUUGUGGUGUGUGCAUUUAGUUGAAGAUGGAUAGUUAUUUUGAAGUUCUUGUCCAGUGCUCUAUGCUGUGGAAUGCCUUUUCGAAAUACAUAUAUAAAUGCCAUAUAUUAUUAUUCAUUUAUAUUCAUUUCUCAAUUAGUGCCUUUAUUGAAAAUAAGUGAUUACACCGGUUCCUUUUCUGAACCUCUAGCCCUCUCUGAACCCUGCUUGCUCUUUGGUUUGGUAGCUGUCAAAUUGGGUCUGUUAGUUAUUAUUUUAGUUGACAGUUUAGAUAAUAUAACGUAAUGUAGAGCAAUUGCUCUAUAAUGUUUUAGUUUAUUUUCGUUUCCUUUUUUGAACAAUAUCAGCAUGAUUGUUCCAUUACAGAUACUGGAUAUGUUUCCUGUGCUUAAUAUUUUGCUAAUUAAAGCUAUGCAGAAUUGCUCUUGUAACUUUCCCAUCGAUUUUAAUAAUUUCGACUGCAAUACCAUUUCUCCAUGACCAUUUAUUAUUCUACUCCUUCUUCGUUCUCUGAGUGCUUAUAUUUAUUUCUGAUUUACUAAUUUCAGUUUAUAUUUUUACUAUUUUUUCAGUUUAUGUUUUUUUAUUUUAAUUUUCAAUUUUUCAAGAAUUUCAUCUGUUGGUGGUUUUUUAUGCAGAUGUAAGUAAUAGGUAUUGUUGUGUUAUGGCUAUUAUUUUAUAUAUAGGAAUUAUGUAGUUCUAUUUAACCAUGACAUUGUUCUGUUCUUUUCCCAGUUAGUAUUGUAAAGGCCAAACACUUAAGAGCGUGAAGUCGUACAAUGUACUAGUCAACAAAAACACAAUUUCAAUGUAAAAAUAUCGUAUUUUUGUUUUUAUUUUUAUUUUUUAUUUUUCAUACUUGUGUAAACUGUUAUAUAAAGUUCAAGCCAAACCCUUCUUCCAGUUCGUCAUUAAUUUUGACGUCAUACAUAUAGGAUUUUAAGAAUGUCGCGAAUCAUUGCACGGUAUUUUAGUUAAAUCUGUCUGUUGCCAGAAUAUUUAUAUUUAUAUAAAUAUAUUUUUUAGCUUAACGCCUCGACAAAUAUGGACCAUUGGCAUAUUACUAGUAUAUAAAUAUUGCCAGAAUAUUAAUAUUAAAAAAAAAUCAAUGGGAAAAUCCCAAUAGUUGGCUGUAUACCAUAGUUUAAAAAACUUAUACAGAAGUAAAAACUUCAAAUUGUAUUCUGGUAUAAAAUCGUUUAUUGAAAACUAUCUAAAAUGUCAUCCAAAUGGAUUGCAAAACGUUUUCGUUCCAAUUCAGAACAUCUUCAGUGCCUAGAAUGAAGUAUUUCCACGUUAGAUUAAAGCAAAAAAGUUAAAAUUGUGACUGCUAGAAAGAAAAAAACAUGUGGGAAUACUUACAUUCUGCUGAGUAGUUUGAAACUAGCCCAUAAUUGGGGUUAUCACUUUAAAUAGUGUGCUAGUUUCAAACUAUUCAGCAGAAUGUAAGUAUUUCCACAUGUUUUUUCUUUCUAACAGUCACAAUUUUAACUGUUUUGCUUUAAUCUAACGUGGAAAUACUUCAUUCUAGGCACUGAAAAUGUUCUGAAUUAGAACGAAAACGUUUUGCAAUCCAUUUGGAUGGCAUUUUAGAUAGUUUUUAAUAAACGAUUUUAUACCAGAAUAGGCCUAACCUACAAUUUGAAGUUUUUAUUUCUGUAUGAGUUUAUUAAUAUUUAAAAUAUUUUAAUGAAAAAAUAAAUAUAGUAUAUAAAAUAAAAUUUGUACUGUACCCAUACUGUACCAUAUAGGAAAAUACUAACCUAGAAUGACAAUUGUCAUUUUAUCCGUUGACAUUGUGAAAUUACUGUCACGAUCGGGCACUUUUACAGUCAACCAUACCUCCAUAAGUAGAAAUCGCUUUAAUAGGCAACUAUACUCCAUCUAAUUUACUUACCGUUGCACGUCAUCCGCGUCAUAACCCGUGACGUCACAUGAUACCAACACGAAAUAUUUAGGCGGUAGGUGUGUUCUUUUUUAGAAUCACUUUGCCGAGUACUCUAGCAUUACAGCUACUAGACAUAUUUUAUUAUAUACGCGUAGAAAUAAUAUUUAAAGAUUUAUAUUAAUGUUAACUUAAAGAAAUACACAAUAAUAUGUUUCAUUUAAUUUGUAUAAAUGGAUUAUAAAGCGUUUUUAUAAAGCACAUUUGUUCGGAAUACACUGUAACUAUAAUCGAACGAAGGUGAUAUUUUGGCAUAAAUUGGUAACAUUUAUUUGACAGUUGCGGUGAUGACACUUCAUAUUUGUUUAUAUUAUUUACUAUAAGUAUUUGUUUCAUUAUAUUUACUGUUUUUAUUAUGUACUUUAACGUAAGAUUAUAACUUGAUUAGAUAUAAUUCUUGUUUUCUAUUUCUAAAGUUUUUAUUUAUUUACAUUGAAUAUUAAUUUGUUUUGCUGUAUAAUCCACUUCCUCAAAAAUUGUGUGAUGUAUUUGAUUUAAAAUGAACUCAAGAAUUUUUUGUAAUAGGGCUUUUCAUCGACUGUCAUUUGUUUCGAGCUUCUGUCAUGUGUCACAUAAUAUUAAUAUAUCUACGCCAUACGUCUUUGGUUUGUAUCAUUGGUAUAUAUCAAUAACGUAUGACGUAGAUAUAUUAAUAUUAUGUGACACAUGACAGAAGCUCGAAACAAAUGACUGUGAAUGAAAAGCCCUAUUGGGCAACAAUGUCAACUUAGAUCUCUAACGUAGAUAAUGACGUGCAACAGUAAGUAAAUUAGACGGACUGUACCCGUCAACGAAUACAUAAUUUUCUAAGUUCAUUGUAUAAUAAUCACGGACGUGCCUUUUUUUCUGUCAUUUUCAUCUUAUGCGUUAGAGAGAAUACGAUAAACUAUGACGCACUGAAAGAGGGGUGUGGUUUGAACUAUAGGCACUAUUUCCAAUUUUUAUUCCUAUCGUGAUUGUUUCAAAGGAUAGAGAUAUUGUGGUAUUUUAUACUUAUGGUUUUGUUGAUCAGGUACACAUUUCAUUGUUAUAAUAAUAAUUGGCUGAAAACAAACUUCAUUUAUGAGUUAAAAAAUUCUUUUCGUAUGCCAAAAUUAUGCUUAAGCUUUCAGAUAAUUUAUUUUAUCAUGCUUUUACUGAACCGACUUUUUGUAAUAUUAACCAUUAAGAUUGUGUAAGAAAAUUUGAUGAAUUUUUCAUCUAGAAAUUAAACAAAAUGGCUGUGGUAGACCAUUUGGGGAAGAAUAAAGUUUCUUAUUUAAGAGACUGUUGUUAUGCUCAGUUUUUUAUCGAAAUUGUUAGAUUAUUUUAUUAGAAUUUAGACUUUUGUGGUAAAUGUAUAAAGUAUAAUUCCAAAACAUUUGAAUUUUUUAUUGGCAGUGUACGUGUUGAAUAUAAUAUACUUUGUUUCAAUAAGCGAUGACGUUUGUAAGUCAUAGCUUUUUCGUAUACAAGUUGCAGAUAUCCUACAUCCUACUAUUAGGCCUGGAUCCCGCGUACCAAAAAAAGUUUAAUAGCAAGCUGAAAAUUUGUUAAUAGCUUAACGGUGUCAGUCGGACAAAUUUUGAUGUACGGGAACACUGGAACGGGAAGCUUUAAUUGUGGAACAGGCUACAGGUUUCGAACGUCAGACUAGGAAAACGUCCCAUGUUCUUUGUCGGACAGAACUUACAAUUGAUUUGUUACCCUUUCAUUAAACUCUCAUGCAAAAAUCAGACUGCUAUUUACCACCAACAAAAUUCGUGUUAUUUGACAUAUUCUACGUGUCGGACUUAUUAAAAUGCCCAACAUAUCUGUCGGACAAACAUUUUUUCAUAUAGGUAUUAUUAUUAAGUUUGCUAUUGAAUAAACUUAAAACCAACCUGUUAGUUUUCACAAUCAUAAUCUGGUCAGGAUGACACGUUCUACAAUUAAAAUCACGUUCCACAAUAAUUAAAAUUUCCUCUAUUCCAGUUUUCCGUACAUCAAUGUUUGUCCGACUAGACACUGUUAAGCUUAGAGCUUCACGAUACGAUACAAUAUCGAUACUUUUUAAGUAUUGAGUAUUUUAUUGGUUAUUUAUGCCAAUGAAGUAUCGUAUCGAGUAUCGAUAUUGGCAAUACUUUUUUAUAAAAAUAUCGUAUUGAUAUUGAUUUCGAUACGAGAUCGAGACAAUACUCGAUAAAAUAUCGACAUAAAAAGAAUAAUUAUACAUCUGAGCUGUGUAAGCUCUUUAUGUCCACUUUUGCAUGCUUGGCAAAUGGGCAUUAUUCUAAAAAUAUUACAAAUAUUUCUUAUAACUUAUAGAUUCUUAUAAAAAUUGAAUAUGGCUGAAUGAUUCUUUGAAACGACUAAUACUUACUAAUUCUGUAUCUAUUGUUUAAAAACUACUUUUAUAUAAAUAAAUCUCAAUUCAUUAUUUUUGUUGAAAAUUAUUUUUGCGUCAUCAUCAUUUACUUCCAUAAUAUUGCCACAUGAUAUAAAUAGUGUAAUCAUAACAGUCAUUUAGUUAUUCUCAAGAGCUUCAAUUUUAAGCACUCAAGUGUAAAAUAUUAUAACAGCUGAUGCUUUGGUUGAAGAUCACUUAUCUAAAUGUCUAUUCCACGAAAUAUAAUUAAACAACUGUGGCGUUUUAUUUUUUUUCUCGAUAUCAAUAUUUUCAAUAAUAUCGAGGCAAGCGUGUCGACGAUACAAGAGUAUUGUAUUGAUUUCAGAUAAUGAGUAUCGUAUCGACAUUAAUAUUGCUAAGGUGUGUAUUGUAUCGGUAUCGUAUUGAUUUUCGAUACGAUAUCAAUACAAUAUCGAUAUUUUUAUCGAAUAUCGUGAAACUAUAGUUAAGCUAUUAACAAAUUUGCAGCUUACUAUUAAUAACCGUUUUUUUGGUACGCGGGAUCCAGACAUAUAUUCUUCACAACUAUGUUCAUAUCUGAAUACUUACUUUAACUUUAUUACCCACAAUUUUGAUUUGACAAAUACUAUUUUUUUACCAGUCAUUAUACAAUUCGCAGUUUUCUCGUCUUAUUUCGUCGCCUUUAUUUUCCAGUUCUUUUCAAUAAUUCAAUAUUUUUGUUACUGUUUUUUCGAGGUAGGUAUAUUAUUUAUAAUCUGGUACAAAACCUCUCUUGUUAUUAAGGCUUCGAGAUACUGGCACUUAUAUAACUUUUGAUUAUAACUUUAGUGCUACAAUUAUUAUGAAGUUAUUUGAUUGAAACAAGGGAUUUAGAAUGGAUAAAUUCAAAAUAUUAGAUGAUAAUAAUAGAAUGAUUAUGAAUAAUAGAGAAAUGGAAACAAAUAUCUGUGUGAAGGAAUAGGCACAAGUUAAUGGUACGGUCCAUUUUUAUCACGAACUUUCAACAAAAUAACAGAAAAGGUAUGUGAUAUCCUCUUGAUGGUUUCUUCUUAUCCGUCUGUAAUGUUGUAUUAUGACGCCAACGGUGCUCUUUUUGUCUAGCAGUAUGGCAUGCGAAGCUGCAUUUGAGUUUGGCUAUUUUUACUAGUUAUAUUCUCGACUUUUGUUUUUGAUUUAGCUAUAGUUGACACCAUCUAUCUAUCGCCCGUCGGCAAAUUCAAACAAAAAUAUAACUCCAGACCAUCUUUUACCACUUUUAGUCCAGACAAAUUAAUAUAUGUAUUUAAUAUAUUUUUUUCCAUCAAAAAUGAGAUAUUUUAAUCAAAUAUUGUAUCAAAUGUAAUUUGCAGAAUAAUUUUGAAUUACGUUCCGCUAAUGAACUCGCUUUUUUGACCUUCAAAGUAGAAAAAAGUUUCAAUUAUAUUGCUUAAUAGUAUCAUUGUCUAACAAUUUUAACUGUACUAAUCCCCAAGUAUAAAUUUUUAAGUGCUAAACUGAUUGAUUUACGAUGAGUAACCGGGUUGUAAAAAUACCGGCAUGUGCCUAGAUAAAGGGACAUCGGUUUACUCGAAUUUCAUAACAUACAAAUAUUAUCUCUUUGAAUUUGCCGACGGGCGAAAUAUCGAUGGACCCGACUUUACCCAGUCGUUCCUUCUUUUAUCUGCCAGUCGUUAUUCAUAUUUUCCUUAGUUAGGAUCCAGGUUUGACAUCCAUAUGUCAUUAUAGGAAGGAUGCACUGGUUGAACACUUGGCUUCUCAAGUAUUGGGGUAUUUUGCGGUUGUUAACUAUCCAGCUAAGUUUUAUAAAUCCUGCCCAUGCUAGUCUUGCUCUUCUAGUGAUUUUCGUGCUUUGGUUCUCUUUUUAGAGACAUGACUGCCUCUGACUUCUAACGAAAUUGUUUCAAUUUUUGAAGUUAUACUUCUUUAGGCGCGAUUGGGAAAGAAUUUUUAUUAUUCUGCGCGCAUGUGCUCACAGACAGUAUGGAGUUCGUUGCUAAAUCUUUUAAGUUAUGUAUGUAUCAGUCCAAAAAGAUUGAAAAUCUUGUAAUCCGUAAAAACAAAGGGAGUAUAGCUCAGUGGUAGAGCGUCCGACUGGAGAUCGAGAGGGUCCGGUUCGAAUCCGUAUGUUUUCUAUUUUUUUAUUUUUGGUAUUGUUUUAAUAAACAUUUUUGGAAAGUAGUAAGUAAAAAUUAGUUUAGUCUUUAAAUAAAAUACAAAAAACCUGUUGAAAGUAUAUUUAUUUCGUUGAAAUCAUAUAAUAAAAGUAUAACUUCUUACGUGCGUACAAAAUACACACAUAUUUUUUUUAAAUCAACUAACAACUUUUCUUAUCGAAUUUUCCUACCUACUUCCAAUGUAUUUUCUUAUAGUAAUUCCUUCAUUUUGUAAUAAUCUACGGGCGGAUAGGGGAAAUUCGCCCCCCAAUAAGGACCAACAUUAAAAAAAAUGUUGGAAUAAAAAUAUAUUAAAUCAUGCAAUUAUAUGCAUAAAACUUAAACCAUAGCAUAGACAGAUAAAUUCAACAGAAUCAACUAGCUAUGUAUAUAGUUAGGAAAAUUAAGGGAACUUCAUGCAUAUAAUUUAGGUAUAUCUUUUUGUUUCUUUUGGUUGGGAUUUCAUUGGAAGCCCCCCUCCCCAAGGAAAGUUGCCCCCUAAGGCAAAUCCGCCACUGGGUUUAAAGAAAAGUGUUAAAUUUUCUUUUGUAAAUUUGAUUUUUGGAAUUAUGUUUUGUUAUGUUAUUAGCAGGAAAUUAUAGAAGGAUCUUAAGCAUAAGCAGCAAGUGCUGUAAAUAAUAAAAAAUGUAUAAAAAAUAAUAUUUUACUUUUUGCUUAUGCUUGUGGAUGGUAGAGUCGUAGGUACCAAAGAUAAUAUUUUAUCUUAAGACUUAAUAUUAAGUUACCAAUAUAUUCUUGUAAAUAGAUACAAUUUUUCAAAUAAUUUGACUGACACGAAAUAUAAAUCACCUUCAAAUCCUAGUUAUCAAUAUUAGGUAGAGUGUUUUUAUUCUAAUCAUUAAUUUUUUGUUGAAUUGCAUUCUUUGUAGUGGCUAGUUGAAUUCAUUGAAAUGUUUCUAUAUGUUUUAUUUAUGUUAAACGAAAUCAUUCGAGAAUGCAUUCCAUAUUUCUCAAAUAGUUAAUAUGUAAUAUUAUAUUUUAUAGAUCAUAUUUUUAGAAUAUUCAUUUGUUACAUUUAUCUAUUUGUAUGUUUAUAUUUUAAAUUUAUUUCAUAGUAAAAUGUGUUAAAUAUUG